CUAAGACUAGCGUUUCUAGUUCGCAGCAUUUGUUGUAUACUGAAUACUGAUCACCUCUUACGAUACAGUUUUGUUUUAAUCUGCCACAUUAUUUGUACUGCUGACUGUGUCAAUUCCGAUUUACAAUCCUAAUGUGAUCGGUUAUAGUUGUUUGGAAAUGGGUAGAGAAGCGUUUGUUACUCUCGCAACAAAUGAUGAAUACGGUGUGGGUGCACUCGUUUUAGCAGCAUCCUUAAAACAAUCAGAAACGUCUAAAGAGCUUACCAUUCUUGUAACCCCUGGUCUCUCCUCACACAUGAGAGAACUACUCUGCAACACUUACGAUAAUGUUAUCGAAGUACAACCCGUCAUAACUAAAGGCUGGAGUAAUCCCGUUAUUAGUGGUAGAACUGAGCUCAUUGAAACAUUCACAAAAAUUCAGGUUUGGAGUCUUAUUCAGUUUACCAAAGUCGUAUUCAUGGACGCUGAUACUCUGGUUUUGCAAAACGUAGAUGAAUUGUUCAACAGAUUUGAAUUUACUGCUGCACCUGAUCCUCUGUGGCCAGACUGUUUUAAUGCUGGUGUUUUUGUAUUGGAGCCAUCCAUGAACACGUACAACGGACUUCUAAAAAUGUUGUUUGACUCUGGGAGUUUUGAUGGAAGAGAACAAGGUUUGCUGAACACUUAUUUUUCUAACUGGUUAGAAGGAGACAUAUCACAUAGACUACCAUGUAUAUACAACUGUAUUUGUCGUAUAUCAGAUGACACAAGUUUUGAAUUUUAUACAAGCAGAUCUGCUUGGGUUUAUUUCGGCGGAUCUAUUCGAGUUGUGCAUUUUGCUGGUCCAAUAAAACCCUGGCAUAAAACUUCUGCAGCUAAAACAUGCAGUCAAGCUGCAUUUCGCACAUUCUUUAAUACUGAGAAAAAUAGACGAUCAAUAUGUCGUGUAGCUGGUAUGCUGGCCUACUGGUGGUCGUUAUUUCUAAUUCUCGUACGACCAAAACUUUAUCCUGAUAUGUAUUUAAGUCAUAUUUCAUUGGAUAGCCUAAGAAAAUAUGAUCCAAUUCAAGAUUCAUUCAGUAGAUGUGAUCAGUCCCAUCUAUAUACAAAUGAAAACCUCAGUUACAAUCAUAAUAACUCGUUCACUCAGAUGUAUCCUUCUCCUCAUGAAAAAUAUAUUGAUAAUGCCAAUAGACGAAAUCAUUCCUUCAUAACACCGGAAGAUAAUUUACAAUUACCUUAUCAUCCAGAAUUUCAUGAUACUAAUUGGGAUUAUUUACAUAGAGGACAACGAAUUGAUGAAAGUAAUAGAUUUGUUGAACAUCAUCAAACAUGUGUUGAAACACCAUUGCCUCCACAAUUUGAUCUUUCAUUGUCUGGGGUGAACUAUUGUCGAGAAGAACAUACUAUGAAAAAAAAUUCAUCUCAUGAAAAUCAAUAUCAUGCUAACGACCAUGAAUAUCAACAGCACGAAAUAAGUCACAAGUUGGAUGAAAAACACUCAAGUCAUCAUGAAAAUCCUCCAUGUAAUCAUUAUACCGACCGGGAAGAAUUUCAUGAACAUCAUUUUAAAAAGAAUAAUUUGGAUAUUGUACAACAUCACGGUACAACAGAACAAAAUAACCAACAAUAUGAAAGUGAUAUCGUGAAAGAUGAUUUUCAACAUAAGAUGGAGCCUCAAAGUCAGGAACCAAAAUCAGCUGAUAUUCAGGCUAUACCGAAACAACCAUCACCUACAUCAGUUGCAAACGUAUCUCUUAUAAAUUCUGUACAAUCUGAAUCGGUGGAAAAGUCUAAAUCAGCAUCACAAUACUCGUUAAACUGUCAUAAAUGUUAUGAAAAACUAAUUAGAGAACAUCAACGAUUAUUAUGUCCUAUAAGGAUGAGAAAAUUAUCUUCCGGUUAUAACUCAAAAACUCGACAAGUAUUCAAAAAACACCGACGUUAUAGUUUUGAAACUUCAUUCAAACCUACGAUGAAAACUUUUCAUCCCAUAAAAAUUGAUUGUAAAAAACUCACUAAAACUACAUCAUUAACUGAUAUGCUUAAAAAGAAGUUGAUAAAGAAUGAUUCUAAGAAUUUCUCCGUAAGUUGUAAUACACUUACUAAUAACUUUGAUCUUGGUGCGGAACAACUCCAAAAGUUUCCUAUUGUGAAUUUUGGUUUCGAAACAAAUUAUAAGCAUCGAAUCACCAACAAUAGAUCGUCAAAUAUUCAAUUAAAUCAAACAUUAGAGUUGAAUAAUCAAUUAAGUAAUCAGUAUCGUGGUUUAGACAUUGCUUAUUUGAAUGGUAAACAAUUUGAUCAUAUUAUCACCACCACUACUACUACUACUAAUGUGACUACUCAUAGCAAGAGGAAACCUCACGAUCAAAACUUUAAGUCAUGCUUAUAUAAUGAAGACAAUUUAAAAAGAAAGAGAAACAAUAUAUUGUCUUCUCAUUUGAAACAAAGUUAUAGUGCUGAAAAUAUCAUACAACUUGACAAUGACACAAUAAUAACAAGUUCUCAUUCAACGGAUUAUUUGAAUCAAGCAAAGGCAAAACGGUCAUCAUCAAUAUAUAACGGUCUACAGACGAAUGAUGCAACGAUACCGAAUCCUAUGAAAUUCGAUCAGAAAACAUGGCAAUCAAAGGUGAAACGCAAAACAAAACAUGAAUGUCCUCGAAAACUAUAUGAAAAUCAACUAAUCAACCAUGAAAGCUUAAAUAAAGGAUAUCAUAAGUCUAAUUCUUUCAAUAGAAUGAUUGCGGUAAACAUCUUAUAUGUAUACAUAAUAAUUAUGUAAAUAAUCUUAUAUGGGGUAGUUUUUCCCUACUGCAUGAUUACACCAAUGCAUGCUAUGUAGAUUUAACGUUUGGUGAACACUGAUUCUAUGUGAUUAUAACAUCAUUUCUUCAAUUAUUUGAAAUCUUGUUUUUCAUUAAAGUCUCCCAGUUUUUAUAAAUGAUUAUGGCCCUAUGAUUCAAUGAUACUUAGAGUUAGUUGUUUCUCCAUUAUGUGUUGAUAUUUUUUUUAUUAGGUGAGAAAACUGGUCAUUGUCAACCUUAGUGAUAGCGAUAAAAAAAACUUUCGAUGCAGCAAGGCUUCGACUUACUUUCACUAGUAGAAAUACAACCAUUAUAUGUAAAGGAUAAGCUCCUUAAUAUGGUCUCGUCUAUGUACAUCUACCAGUUAUCUGCUCUUGUCGAGCAAGGUAUAUAGACCAUAGCCAGCGCUUUGAUUUGAUUUUCAGGUUCUUUGAGCAAUCUGUACACCUAGAUUUUUUGUAUCUAAUUCCUUAAAACAUAAGAACCUCUUCUCACCAAUGGUAGGCCCAAAUAGUUUUUGAUUUUGAAUUUUGGUAUGUGUGUUUUUAUUAUUGCUGAGGUGCUAAGAUGACACAUCCUUUGUCAGGUUUAAUUUAGCUGAAUUUAACCAGCUUAUGAUAUCAGUUGGCCGUUGAUGCUCUGAAUAUUUUUGUUCUUAUUUAAGAACUCUAUUGUGGACUUCGCAGAGUGACUGAGUAAAUCUACGAAAUUAUAUGAAGGGGUCACUGAAAACGUUAUAAUUGUUCGUAGAAGGAUGAUUAGCUUGUUUCUCAUAGAACUGAACAAUAACAGAUCUGUCUGACUUCAUUUGCCAUUGAUCUUAUUUUGUCAGCUAAAGUGUAAAACUAGUAUGAUUUAAUAGUAAAUUUAUGUGGAUUAAGUUUUCAACUCAUGCUUUUCAAUAAUGUAACAGAGACACUUUAGGAGUUUGAACGAGAAAGGUACUGGGUUAGAAUUUUAGUAUGGACAUCAACAAUAGGAUGUGGGUGUAUCUAACUGACAAGUCCAAAUCUUGAACUCUACUGACAACGGUAUACCAAGUAUACUAUUAAGAAAAGUUCUAAAAAAAACCCCUAUUAUAUUCGAAGGCCGAUAUAUGAGUAAAAAAAAGCUGGUUUUUCAAUAUAUCUCAAACAGGUACUACGAUUAUCAGAUCAAUCUAAUAAUAAGAAGGAAUAGCCAAAUUGAUGAUAAAUAUCAUACCUUGUCAAAUACAGUAUCGUAAUUUAUAAUCACUAGUAAGAGACGUUUGAACUAUUCAGACAACUAGUAGUAUCUGUAAAGCUUAUUGGUAAUCAUUCUAUAAUGAAGUAUCAUUACCAAUUUCUAAUGUGUACUACAAUAAUACGAAAUAGUUAUGAAUGUUAAUUUUAUAUUCUACAUUUGAAUAACAUGUUCAAUUUUAAAUUUGCUAUUCAUUUUAGUCAUGAAUUCGAACUCUUAAAUUAGAAACUAUGUGAGAAUAUACAGAAAAACAUUAGCCAUUCACAGACGUUUCAGCAUAGAAAAUGAUGUGUUACUUUGGGCUUAGCUGGUUAAUCAAUACCAAAAACCUAGGUCAUUUAAGAGUGUGGUUCACUCUUUAUAAAUAACUGUAAUGAAUGUGUAUCUCUUUCGGGUAGUAUCUUUCAAUGUUAACCUUUAAAAAAUCUUUAUAUCAAUAAUUAGGCGGCUCGCCUUAUUUCAUCGUCUGUAUUGAAUGUUUUAUUAAUCCUAAUCCGUUGUUAGUUAAUGAAAUCUACGUUGCAUAAGAAAAGCUUAGUUGGCUUUUAUGAAGUUGCUCCGCUUUCAAACCAUAAUGGUCUACUUGAUAACAAAUUAUAACUGUUGAAAACAACAUAUUAAGGUAUAUAUGGUUAAAAAUACUUGCCAAAACUAACUCGUUUUGUAGGCUAAAUCCUUAAUUGAAAAAAGUGUUCUGCUUAUUAUUUUCUAUUUAACAUCCACCAGUUUUAUUCUCUAUUCUCCCGCUAUGUCUACUUCUAUGUGUGGCUCUUAUUUUAUCGUUAUUAGUGUGAUUAUUUGAAUAUCUUUGAACUUUAUUUGUUUGUCAUCUUGAAUUCUUUUAUAAUCUGUUGAUUUAAUUCUUGGUGCAAUUGCCUUCUAGAUGUUUAUGUUAAAUUUAAUAGUGGAAUGAAUGGUAGCUAACAGUGGAAUCUAAAAAGUGCGUUUUGUUCAAUUUUUGACUCGUCAGCUGGAUGUUUCUUAAUCCGACGACUUUGAUCGUUUGAUCCUCAUUUGUCUGUCUAUCACUAAAGCAUCCACUGUUAGCUACCAUCUCUCUGCUAAUACUACUUGUAAUUUGAGGCGAUCUGCACAGGAUGCAAAUAUACCAGUAACAGACUGACCAAUUGUAGUCUUAAACAUUAAUCAAAAGAUUCAAACAGCUAAACACAAAACUAAAUUAGAUUUAUUGUUAUUUAUAACUAAAUUAUACUCGAAAAGUAAAAUAGGAAAGAAGAAUUAAAAUUAGUCAACUAUCCUGUUUUUUUUGUUAGUUAUUACCAUACAAACUCACCCUAUACUCUAGUCACUAGACUUGACUGAGUUGUGGAUGAACACUGUUUGGAUAUCUUAUUUACAGGAAUGAAAUAACACCCCCCUCCAUUACUAACCAUCUUUUGAUUGGUAUCAUAGUUACUAUAAAUUUCAAAUGACUUUAAUCUAAGCUCAGCUUUUCAAUCCAAUAUAAUUAAAUAAAAUUAAUCUAACUUUCAUUGUAAUAUCAAGUUGAAAAGCAUACAUACUACUGUAGUGUGGUCUACUUAUAUUCAUAUAAGUAGUAUAUGGUGAUGGUUA